GAUGGAUGUGUGUCCAGCCGAGGGGUUGCCCGAGGUUGAGGCCUCCCCUGAACCAGAACCAGAGUCGCAAAAUAAACAGUCUCCCCCAGCGACAGAGGCCCCGGCAGUGACCGAACAGCCAGAACCAGCCGACCAGAAGGCUCCACCUACUGCCGCAACUCCGGAAGAGGAAGGUGCCGACGAAGCAGGGUGUGAAGGGAGCGUUGGUAAGGACAGAGGAGGGAAUGUGCUGCCAGCGGAGGAUGUGGACAGAGACGUAGGGAUGGGAGGGGGUCGCAACAUCCCCCAGAUCAUCACCUCCCAGGACCCCCUGUCCAUCUCUCUGACCGUGUCUCUCGCCCCCGUGACCAAGCACAGUGGCUCGCUCCUCCCGGUGGAAGAGAGAAGUGCUGAAGAUGGGGAUGUUUUUGGUGUUGAUGACUUGGAGAUGCAGACCGGCCUCCUGACUGUGGAAGAUGAGGAUCGUCCAACAUCAGCGGCCAGCUAUGGCAGUGUGAUUGUCCAUGAGAGAGUGACUACACUGGUCAAGCUGUUUAAGGCGAGGACGGUCCGCAAGAGGGAAAAACUGAUGGACCCUGACGACUCUGAGGAAGACAGCCCUCAAACCACCCCAGCCAAGGCGCCCCCUCCCCCUCCUCCCCCAGAAGAGGACAAGGACAUCUCAGCCCCGGUGGAGGAGGAAGAGGUGGAGGAGUACUGGGACUUCUAUGGAUACCCAAUCAAAAUACUCAAACUUCCCAAAAUGCCCCCACUUCCUAGUUGGCUUCAAACCAUAGUGGACUUUCGUUUCCCUUCCAGCAUCGACCCUUAUACUGACCUGGUCUACGUGGUGUGGCUGUUCUUUGUGAUGAUGGCGUGGAACUGGAACGUGUGGCUGAUCCCGGUGCGCUGGGCCUUCCCCUACCAGACUGCAGACAACAUCUACUGGUGGCUGUUUAUGGACUACACCUGUGACCUUAUUUACAUCACCGACAUCCUGGUCUUUCAGCCCCGCCUGGAGUUUGUACGCGGAGGAGAUAUUGUGUGUGACAAAAAGGACAUGAGAGACAACUACAUGACAACAGAACGAUUCAAGAUGGAUUGUAUCAGUAUGUUCCCCAUGGAGAUAUUUUACUACUUUACUGGAGUUAACUCGCUCCUGAGAUUCCCCCGCCUACUGAAGUACAUGGCUUUCUUUGAGUUCAACGACCGUUUGGAAGCAGUAAUGAAGAAAGCCUACAUCUACAGAGUGAUCCUGACCACUUCCUACCUGUUGUAUUCUCUCCACAUCAACGCCUGUCUGUUCUAUUGGGGUUCUGACUAUGAGGGGCUCGGGUCCACUAAGUGGGUCUACAACGGCAAAGGGAACAGUUAUAUCCGGUGUUACUACUUUGCUGUAAAGACCCUGAUCACCAUCGGUGGUCUCCCGGACCCAACCACCGUGUUUGAGAUCACAUUCCAGCUAGUCAACUAUUUUGUUGGCGUCUUUGCUUUCUCCAUCAUGAUUGGUCAGAUGAGAGAUGUGGUGGGGGCUGCCACYGCGGGACAGAACUACUACCGGGCCUGUAUGGACAACACCAUCAAGUACAUGACCUCCUACCACAUCCCCACAGAGGUCCAGAACCGAGUCAAGACCUGGUACGACUACACCUGGCAAAUACAGGGCAUGCUGGAUGAGCAGGAGCUGUUGAUCCAGCUGCCAGAUAAGAUGAGGAUGGACAUGGCUGUGGAUGUUAACUACUCCAUUGUGAGUAAAGUGGCCCUGUUCCAGGGCUGUGACAGACAGAUGAUCUUUGACAUGUUGAUGAGGCUCAAGUCUGUGGUCUACCUCCCUGGGGACUUUGUCUGUAAAAAGGGUGAGAUCGGCAGGGAGAUGUAUAUCAUCAAGCAGGGGGAGGUUCAGGUGGUGGGAGGACCUGAUUUGAAGACUGUGUUUGUGACAAUCAGGGCCGGCUCUGUGUUUGGAGAAAUCAGCUUGCUGGCAGGGGGCGGGGGGAACAGACGCACGGCCAAUGUGAUGGCUCACGGAUUCGCUAACCUCUUCAUCCUGGAUAAGAGGGACCUCUCAGACAUCCUGGUGCACUACCCCGAGUCCCAGAAACUCCUCCGCAAGAAGGCCAAGAAAAUGCUGACGAAGGAUAAGAAGCCAGAGGAAAAGGCAGAGGCGAAGGAGACUGCCGAGGUGAUCCCAGACAGGCCAGAGACCCCCAAGCUGUUCAAAGCAGCCCUGGUGGUUACAGAGCAGGCAGGCAUUAAGGGCACKUUUGCCAAGCUGAAAGAGGGCUACAAACCUGCCGAGACUGGGUCCUCUGGACUCCCCAUACCUCCUCCCUCCCUGAUGGUACACCGUCGCUCCCCCAUCCCCCCUACAGAUGCCCGGGUCGAGGAUGACGAAGAUGCGGUUUCCGAGACGACCGACAGCAUGAUGCUCAUCCGCAUGACACGSCGUCACKAAGGCGAGGAGCUCCUGUCCGUCGAGCAGAAGCAGCCUGGAGAUGAAGAGGAGGAGAUGGAGAAGAAGUAGGAGACAGAGAAGGAAAUUGACAGAAAGAGAAGGGGAAGAAAUGUUGUGAUCCCCCACUACUCUUCUAUYCUCUUCUGUGUGUAUAUUGACUGAGAUUUCGGACUGAAAUGGUAAAAAAAAACAUUAUUUCUCUAUUGCCACGUUCACUUCAUGUCAGAAACUCUGGAUCUCCGAGUCAAUACGAACGUAAGUUAUUUGCGUAGAGCUUCCUAUUGGUAGAUACUGAUACUUCCCAAGUGGGAAACUCGGGUAUCAUCUUUCUAUAACGAGUAAGSAAGUCKGAAAUGUCUACGUUUCUGACAUGACGUGAACACGYCAUAUGUCCCCCUCGGUAAAGUUCACUUUACAGAGUUAUCCUUUCAUAUUCUGGGAUAURCUGUGUGCCCCUUCUGUUCCCUCACUCUCUCGUGGUCUCACUGYUGUUGUGUGUGUUAAAUGCGUUUUAGUACCUUAAAGCGGCAAUUAGCAGUUGAAACAAUAAUGAGUACUUCCCGUCCCUUUUUCGGUAAAAAGCUGAGGGAUGGGGCUGGAGAAAUGAAACCGCUGUCAAAUUCAUAGACAGAGCUAUGGAUGGAAGGAUUAACCGUCCAUAAUAUCAAAAUGUCGUGUUAUACAUGUUUUGUGGUGUGGCUAUAUAGUGUUUGUUUACAUUUGCUUUGUUUACAAACAUUGAAGUAAAACAAGCUUAUA